AUGGCGGUUACCGUCCUACCUACUAACUCCAUGACCGACUCAAUCAAGCAGGCCGUCCGGUCAACAGCAACAUGCUCAGACGCCACCGUGUUGUCCCUCCAAACACUGCUCCGCGGAGGACCGAAUGCGACCGAGAAACUUGCGCGAAAAAACGUUAAAACAACUACGACACCAGCGGCGCGCGCCACAAAAACUCGAACAACAAAAGCACGUUCAACGAAAGAGACCGCGCUGCAGACAGUUGCUGAUCAGGAUGGACCUGCACUUUCGGCCCAAGAGAAGCUGGUCCUCGCCACAGAUGUGUUUAAUACUACUUUAAAAACUUUGACGGAGGCAGCCAGGGUGUCCACAGGAAAGCGCCAGGCAUCUGCCGCCGAUAAUGUCUCAACAAAGUCGACGGGAAGAGCAGCUAGCGCUGCUGUUGAUGUGGGAGUUUAUUCAGCGGCCGAAUGCGCAAGACUUGCCCUUUCAACACUGCGGUCAAUCAAGCUUGACCAAAGUGGUACCGAGUUCCCGAACAUGCAACUGGAGCAGGGUGUAUGUGUCUUGUCCGGAAAGCUGAUCUCGCUUGGAUUGCAUGACAUGGCGUUCAAGGAAUUGCGAUCACUCAAGAAACGAAUGCAGCAGUAUAUGGACUCAAAGAAAGCCGGAAGAAAAACAGCAGAGGCAAAGGAAUCUCCAGACGAGGAAUCUGUAAAGGAGCGUAUGUCCGAUCUCAUCACCUUCUCGAAUCUCUCAAGCGCCCAACCACUCUACGGCCUUCUUGUUCCUUUCCACUCAAACGUGAUGAGACUUUUUGCCCAAGAAAGAAAAGCAUCGACUACUCAAAAUCUAUGUCCUUUGCUGCAACUGUCUGAGCCGAGUAGUCCUGCCCAGAUCAUCAUUGCUGCUUUGAAGGCGAAGUGCGUGACGAAUGACAAAGCUGCUUUACAACUUCAGUUACUUUCUAAUACGGUUUUGCUUCUAUGUCCCACGAAAGCUUCCAGCGAAGAUGUACUGAAGCCUGUCACAACACUCACUCUUCAACUUCUUUCUCUCGAAAUCCGAAGCUUGGGAUGGAAAAUCUCUGGACAUAUUUGCGAUGAGAGUAGAGAAUUAUUAGACCCUCUCCUACGGUAUCUCGGUACCUUCUGCCACCGAAUGAGAGGAGUCGAGAAGUUGGAGUUUACAACAAUUUAUCAAACGAUUACUCGAAUCCAAUCAUCAAUGACAGAGAUCAAGAAAAAGCCCCAAGAUUCCAAAGACAUGAACCUAGCCACCAAGAUCACGACUACUCUUGGCCAGCUCGCAUUAGACGCUGGCUGCCUCGAUGAAUCCAUAAAACUGUUCGGUCAGGCUAUUGCUCCCCUUACCAACUCUCAAAGUCUGUCCCUGGCCACAGUACAAUGCAAGAUCGCCUCUGUUCAGUUUCAAUUAUUAAAACGUUCAGGGAAGGAUGUGUCACAUGCUUUGAAAUCCACUUCAGAGGCGACUAUAGCACUGGGGUUGCAGCUCCGAGGCAGUCCAACUGAUCUAGAUGAACUGCUGGUUGAGGCUGCACGAAUAAAAAAGUUCGCUUUGACCUGGUUUGGAGACGCAAUAACUAAGAAGUUUGAAAGCGAUAAUGAUAAAAACGAGGCUGCAUCCCAAAUUCGAGAGUAUCUCCAGGCUUUUCUACGAUUUCUCAGACGCUACAUUGGCCGGCCACCAGCAGAGGAUGGUGAUCCAAAGGAAGAGGAAGUUUUCAAGACUCGCAUUGCCAUGUCUAAGAACAUCGUCCUUGCUGCUGUUGACUCCAGUAUUGCUAUAGGAAAGUUGUCUAUCAUGUCCCAGAGGCCACCAUGGGAUGACAUGCUCCCUAUUCUGACGGAUUCUCAUCGCCUUCUUACGAGUAUUGACAGCGCCAAUGAGAAAGAUACAGAUGCUUAUUUGACCGAGAGCAUUGGUUCAAGUCUUGUCAAGCUUUCCAAUCUCUUCUGGUCACGAUACAUUAAAGCAAAAGAAGCUAGCCAGGACUACCGCGAGCUCAUCCCACUUCUGAAGCAGUCUACGCAAAUUCUGGCUGGCUGCUCUCUAUCUCAUCGUACCACUGCGUUUGCCGCUCUUAAAUUCGAGAGGAUGGCCCAUUUGUACUUGGAGGGCAGUAUGCACGGCGAGUCGGAGAAAGCCUUCCGCCAAUCUAUCACCGAAUACGUCGAUUCGGGUACUCUGGAGCAGAUCAGCCCAGGCACACACCCAAAAUCAGCUAGCCAAGACCCGCAAAGCCCUGGUUUCUCACUAAGCCGGGUUUUAUCAGCGUUCCUAAAGUUGAAGUUACGGAGGAAGGGACCUAAAUCUGUUACUAUAUACGAUGAUCUCGAGCUUGAGCCAGAUCGAAGAGGCCUAUUGCUUGAAUGGCAGAUGGGUCUGCUCACUGAAAUGCAUGGUUACUGCCCCAGCGAAGACGAUUUUUGCUCAAUAUUUAGCCCAGUUGUAUCCAGUGUCCUUGACAUAUAUCAGUCGGACAUUCAUCCCAUUCGCCAUAGUCGCGUGGUUAUUUGCGUACUCCGAUUUCUAUUGGAACACCCCAACUCUCUUGACCAAACAAUCACUGAAGAACUGAUGGAAGAAGGGUCUGAAGCCUUGAGAUCUGGUAUCGAAACCGGAAACGACACAGACUUGGCUUCAUUUGCGAAGCAUAUCGCAAACUCAUUACGAGUUAUCAUUGGCUUUCACAGAGGGAAAAUAGACGAGUCUGAAUUAAAUGACACACUUGCUUCGUGGGCUGGCAUGGUUCGCCAAUGCGCGGACUGGAAAUCUUUGCUUCUCCGCGUCAACGAUACUGAUUACUGGGUUCUCCAGCUGAAAGCCUUGGUCGACUAUACGGAGAUUCAUGGGCUCUGGAAACCCCAGCUUUCUGCCCUGGAGCUCAUCCUCCGCGUUGCUGAGCUUCAGCAAUCCUCAGAUCUGUCAGAUGCGAUGGUCAUUCUGUCUCGUCUGGUACUGCAGCAUUGUCGCCUUGGCCAUUGCCAAAAGGCUGGUGACCUUCUCUCGCGCGGCGAAGCAUGUGUUGCUCAACACAAUGUGUCCUCCCUGGCUAAAAUCUCAUGCAGACUAGCACGUGUGGAUUAUCUCCUUGAAACAGGUGAAGUUGACAAAGCUGCGACUGCUUUUUUGUCUGCUCGAUCAAUGUAUGAAAAAAUCCAAAAGUCGGAUGAGCUCAGCAAUUUGUCAGUCUUGUCGAAAAUCUCCUGGGAGAGACUGAUUGCAGAUUCUGCCUUUGUUCAAUCUAGGCUAUCCACUGCACAGGGCUCAAUGACCCAAGCACUGUAUUUUGCUAAACUGUCGGUGAGAUUGAACUGCAGAAUCUGGGCCAAGGUCGAAAAACUGGCACAGCGGAAACAAGACAAAGUCUUGCCAGCUGCAAACAGCUCUGAUGUUGACGCUGUCACUGAGGGCGUUGCAAAGCUUGAUCUUUCGCAGACUGGGUCUUCUUCGAACGUUUCAGCUAGCUACAUUCAAGGUGCCCCCUUCUGGCCACACCUUGGCUCACAUCAUACCUGCCUAUUGAACCUCGCAACACUCUCGGCCCAUCAUGGUAUAUUCCAAGAUGCUAUCUAUUACGGGGAGCAAGCUUUGAAGAUUGACAGAACACUCGAUGCCAAUAUUCGACUAGUUGCGGCACAAACCCAGUUGGGUUGCUACUGGAUAUUUGGUGGUCAUGUGGAAGAAGGCCAAAAUCUGCUCACUGCCGCCUCGGAAUCGUCUAAACAGGUUCCGUCGAGUAUUGAAGCUGUCUCACUACACAUGGCCCUUGCUUCCCUCCACAGGGUACAGGGCCAACAUGAUAAGACAUUGCGCCUGCUGCAGGAAGCUGAUAAUAUCACUAAUUCUUUGAUAUAUUCGGAUACACACAGUAUUUCAGAAACGGCAAACAUGACAACAGCCUUAGAGGAGAAGAUGGGAAAUCUGAACGUUCGAAGCAGUCGCCGAAAGCCUUCAGUGGCUACAACAACCACCACUACCGACCGACGUACUCGUGCAACCAGUGCAGCCAGCUCAGUCACUUCAGCCAGCUCAACUACCACCAAGAAGGUCGCAAAACCCAAAGCUCACUUGCCUGAGGCUCAAUCGAAGUCUCUUGUACGUCUCAGGGGUGAUAUACUCCGACAGCAAGCCGAUUGCCUGCGCGCACUGCAUGAAUUUGAAAAGUCAGCCCGCACUCUUGAGGAAGCCCGACAAUUCUCCACUGCCCGUGAAAGCAAAGUUUCAUUGGAGAUUGGCGAGAGUGAACAUCUUCUCGCAGACGCUAUCCGCCACUUUGCAAGCCAUGCAGUUUACUGUGUUUUACCUGAGUCUACUAUCUCACUGCCAUCUCUCAGAACACCGACCAAGGCGACUGAUGAAACGGCCUCUCUAGCAGUCAAGGCUCCAGCUACACGGAGGCCCAGGACUGGGACAAGAGGAACUCGUACAAAAACGGCCAGCGAGGAUUUCUCCGUCAUGCUGUCGAAGGCCAGCGAUUGUCUCACUAGUGUGUUUGCCGACGCAACUGUUCUCGGUUCCACCCUUGAAAGUCACGCAGCUUCCCGUUUGAUGAGUCGGAUUUCUAUGCUUUCGCAUGCUACUAGCUCUGGAGGUCCAGCAACCUGGGCACAAUCACCUGCGAGCAUGAAUGGUAAGUCAUGGGGACGACGAAAAAAAGAAAAAAUGUCAGAAACUAACAUGUUUUACUUAGAAAUUGGACGUGUUGGUGCAUUUGCACGAGAGCGUAUGGCCAUUGAUUUUGACCGGAAGUUGGCAGACUUUUCUGAUCCACUACUAUGGCCAACUUCUUUGUCAUCUACAAUUGAUGAUAUAGGCGACGAGAUUUGUUCAACCUUCACCGAGAAUUAUGUCGAUAUUCUCCCCGAGAAUUGGAAUGUACUUUCUCUGUCGUUGAGUGCCGAUAGAACUGAGUUUGUGGUCUCGCGGCUACAGAAGAAUCGCUCGCCAUUCCUGCUUCGGCUUCCACUUCGAAGGGGUAACUCAGAUGACGACGAAGAGGAACAGUUCACCUUUGAAGAUGGAAAGGAGGAGAUGCAGGAAGUUAUCAAACUGGCAAAUCAGAGCGCCCAUGCCGCUAAAGCCCAAAUAGACAAGCAGAUGAAGAAGGAGUGGUGGAAGAAUCGAGAGUCGCUCGACCUCCGAAUGGAGAGUCUCCUCCAGAAUAUUGAAAACCUUUGGUUCGGUGGCUUCCGAGGCGUGUUCUCUCCCCUCUCACGGGAUAGCACUGCGUUGGCUAGGUUUGCGACUUCUUUCCAAGGAAUUCUGGAUAAACAUCUCCCCUCUCGGCAAAAAGGAGGCAGGGCCUCGUCGCCUCGCCUUACCCUUCACCAGAACGUUGUGGAGCUGUUCAUUGGUCUCAGGGACCUCGAACAACAAGAAGAGCCAGAAGACAUACUCAUGGAUCUUCUCUACUUCGUUGUCGACAUUUUGCAGUUCCAAGGAGAACGCAAUGCCUAUGAUGAGAUUGAUUUUGACAUGAUGGUCGUUGACACUCUCGAUGCUCUACGAGGCUAUCAUGAAGCCGCACGGGAAGAACUUGCAUCUAAACCACCAAAACAUACAGUUUUAGUACUGGAUAAGGCAUUGCAUUUGUUCCCAUGGGAGUCUCUGCCAUGCCUCCAGGGAUUCCCCGUGUGCCGUGUUCCAUCCCUAGAGUGUCUUCGCGAGCGAGUGCUCCAAUUUCGCGGGAGUCAGUCCGGCGCGGUUCUCGAUCGUACCUCGGGCUCCUUCGUUCUCAAUCCAACAGGUGACCUACGCACAACCCAAGCAACCUUCGAAGAAGACCUCUCAAAAAUGAAGACCUGGACAGGCACAAUCAACCGCGAGCCAACAGAGGACGAAUUCCGCAAAUCCCUUGAAACAAACGAUCUCUUCUUGUAUUUCGGCCACGGUAGUGGCGCGCAGUAUAUCCGCGGCCGCACAAUCAAACGACUAGAUAAAUGCAGUGUGGCCUUCCUCAUGGGCUGUAGCAGUGGUUCUUUGACUGAAGCUGGCGAGUACGAGCCCUACGGCACACCCAUGAACUAUCUUCAUGCUGGAAGCCCGGCGCUUGUUGCUACAUUGUGGGAUGUCACCGACAGGGACAUUGAUAGAUUUUCAACUUCUACUUUCGAUACUUGGGGUCUUAUUGGGAAGGAUGGGAAGUCGGCCCGCACACCUGGUCUUGGGUUGGAUGCUGCUGUUGCUGGUGCGAGGGGUUCAUGUGUUUUGAAGUAUUUGAAUGGAGCGGCGCCUGUUGUUUAUGGCGUACCGGUGUUCCUGGGAUAG